UACGUUACGUACAGCAGCCACAGACAAACAACUACUGCAGGAACGCGCCUCCCUCAAGGUUUUCAUCGUCAGGGGUAAAAGAAGCUUGAAGGAGCCACAACCAUGUGUUGGACGCGUGUCGACCUCUGUCUGCAGAUUACUUACUUGACUUGGCUUUUGGUGGUGGUGAGAGAUCUCAUUUACCCCUGCAGGAUGCAUGAGACUUGUCUUUCAUCUUUGGACGUAGUACCAUGGAUAGGAGAGUUCUAUUCUUGUGUACUGGUUAUGUGUGGUGGAUCGGAUCGGAUGGUUGAUAUGGUAUACUUUGAUAGGGGUUCGUGGAAAGUGACAGUUGAGUUCGAGUAAUUGAUGUGUCCCUUGCUUGAGUGUCUGUGCUGUGUGUGCUUAAAAUAGAUGAAUUAGGUGAUGUUGUGUGUAUUGGUUGAUCAGGAGGUAUUGUGGUCUGGGGUUAGUUAUUGGUUGAUGAUUGUUCUGUUGUAUGUUCUGUUUC